AUGACAAGCAUUGCAAUCAUCAUGACCGCGAGCACCGUACCGCUCGAAGUCGCGGCCCUCGUUACCGAGCACAUCACCUCCGCGAGCGACCUCGACGCCACGGCUACGGGCGCGGAGGGCACCGCGCUUGCCGUCGCUGCUGCCGAACGCGCACGCGAGUUACGAUCCAAGUACGACCACAUCACGCUCUCGCGCUCCAAGCCAUGGGGACCGAUGGACUCGCCCGAGCACGCCGAGUUCACGCGCAUCGUCUCCAUCCCGCCGCACAGGUCGAAGGCGUGCGACUCCAUCGAGUGCGAGGGUGUACCCGUGGCACUCCCAAAGUUGGAGGCACUGCGCAUUCUAUUCAAGGAGCAUGAUACGCUUGAGAAGAAGUUUGUCAGCAAGCACCUCGAGCGCGUGCUCGUGUCUGGCCUUGGCGUCGAUGACGAGGGGUCAGACGACGAGACGGAGGACGACGAAUACUCUGAUCCAUUCCACGAGUGCUCCUCCUACGGCUGCGUCGCGUACCACAACUUCCCUUGCACAUCAACUGUUGUGCGCGGACUGACCUCCGGCUCCAACGCGUUCCAUGCCACCUGGUUUGGGGGUUAUGCGCCACUAUUUCCGCCUCAGAAAUCGGAAUACGUGACAGUUGUAAUCAAGCCCUCGAAAUACGCUACCGAACAGAGGCUUCCUGUGGAUGAGGAUGAGGAGGAGGAGGAGGAGGGUGAAGACCCGGCGACGCAUAUGGCCACCACGAUCCUGGAUUUGGUCGACAAUGAGGUCAAGACCAUGACGCUUGUAUUCCUCUCUGAGGGUCCAGGCAUCUCUUGGAUCCCAGAGAGCGCUGCGACGGUCAGCAACCCAGCAACAUGGGAGGCGAACGAGCACCUGCUUCAGCAGUACGUCACCUCAGCAGCCAAUACGCUCGUCCAGGCCGUAACAGGGUCCCAUUACCGUCAAUAUGCCGACGAGUGGGUUCAUCAUCUCGUGCAGCGCAUCACAAUUGUCAACGCCGAGGCACUCCUCGGCGCCGGUGAGCGCCCACCGGCCGAGGUCGAGGCGGCACUCGCUCGUGUCAAAGGGGAGUUUGAUGCCAAAGUCCAGUCCGACCUUGAGUUUGAGCUCGCUCCUGCUCGACGAACAAUCAGUCUUGCAAAUGGUACCACUCUUGAAAAGCCUUUUAGCGUCACGGUCGACGACGCGCCGGUUGUCAAGGGCCGUCUCGAGUGGAUCUCGAUGGACGAGUAUCUCGCCCGGCCGGGGUGGGACCUCGCGCUGGACGCGGACGAGGUCGCGCCGUGGUUCGGGAACAAGUAG